AUGAUGGCUGGUGUGAAUCCACACAUCAUCAAAAGACUUGUGGAGUUUCCACCUAAGAGCAAGCUAGAUAGAAAACUCUUUGGUGAUAAUACCAGCAAAGUAACCAAAGAACAUUUACAACCAAACAUGUGUGGUUUCACAGUUGAACAAGCUAUCCAAACCAACAGAUUGUACAUACUUGAUCACCACGAUCCAUUAUUUCCAUAUCUGAGGAAAAUAAAUGCAACUGACACAAAAGCAUAUGCUACAAGAACAGUCCUUUUCUUGCAAGAUAAUGGAACUUUGAAGCCAUUGGCUAUUGAGUUGAGUACACCACAUCCUGAUGCUGAUAGUUUCGGUCCUGUUAGUAAAGUUUACUUGCCUGCAAGUGAAGGUGUUGAAGCUUCAAUUUGGCUCCUUGCCAAGGCUUUCGUUGUUGUUAAUGACUCAUGCUAUCACCAACUUGUUAGCCAUUGGUUGAACACUCAUGCUGUUGUUGAGCCAUUCAUCAUAGCAACAAAUAGGCAUCUUAGUGUGGUUCAUCCUAUUCAUAAACUUUUACUUCCACACUAUCGUGACACAAUGAAUAUAAAUUCACUUGCAAGGAGUAUCUUGGUAAAUGCAGAAGGUAUUAUUGAAUCGACAUUCUUGCUGGGAAGUUAUUCUAUAGAAUUGUCUUCCGUAGUAUACAAGGAUUGGGUUUUCACAGAACAAGGACUGCCUCAAGAUUUACUCAAAAAAAUGGCGGUUGAGGAUCCAACUUCUCCGCACGGUCUUCGCCUUCUGAUAGAGGAUUACCCUUAUGCUGCUGAUGGACUAGAAAUAUGGGCUUCUAUUAAGUCAUGGGUUGAAGAAUAUGUGAAUUUCUAUUACAAAUCAGAUGCAACUAUUGUUCAAGAUUCUGAACUCCAGGCAUUCUGGAAAGAACUUGUAGAAGUGGGCCAUGGUGAUUUGAAGAAUGCAACAUGGUGGUUUAAGAUGCAAAGUCGUGCAGAGUUGAUUGAAGCUUGCACCAUUCUCAUAUGGAUAGCUUCAGCACUUCAUGCAGCUGUUAAUUUUGGACAAUAUCCGUAUGGAGGAUACAUCCUUAACCGACCUACUAAAAGUAGAAUAUUUAUGCCUGAGAAAGGAUCACCUGAGUAUGAUGAGCUUUCUAAGAACUACCAAAAGACAUUUUUGAGGACAAUCACACCAAAGAAUGAUACCCUUAUUGAUUUAACCAUUAUAGCUAGAGAUUUUGUCACGACGUUAAUUACAAAGUAG